AUGGGCACGGCGGCGGGCAUGCCAGGUGCUAGCGCGGCAGACGUGACGACUGGCGUGACAGGCGUGGCGGGGGUAUGGCAGGCGUGGGUGUGGGCAGGCGUGGGCUUGGCAGGCGAGGCGACAGGCGCGGGGGCAGCAGGUGCGGGAACGGGACGCUGCAGGUUCAGCGGCGUGGUCGCGAUAAGCUGGCUGCUGUUCCUGCGUGGCUUCGUGCUGCUACUCGUUCUACUAGCAGUCGUAGUUGGAAUCGGCUUGUACAACCCGCUAGGGCGAGGCUUCUCUCUCGCGCCGUGCAGCAACGCGUGGUCCCUUAAAGCUCAUCGAAGCCUACGAGACAUGGCCGUGCCGCAGGUUGCCGCUGCUGCCGAGGGAGAUGAAGCAGCGGGCGAUAAUGACGUCAACACGGUGGAUGACUCGCUCUCUUCAGACCUUGACUCCAAUUCAAUGGCUGCCACAAGGUUGUCCUUCAAGUCUUCGAGAGUGCGCGCUGCGGCGGAGGCGGCGGCGGCGGUGAACGUGGCGUUUGGGCGGCGGUUGCGCGUGUACGUAUACGAUCUGCCGCGGGAGUUUAACUACGGCAUGGUGGAGCUCUUCUCGCGCAACCGAGACAUCGCCAUUCCCGAUGGCGUCGACCCUCCCCCCGUGAGUCAGCAUGAGCGGCGCAACUCCCCGGCAGUGCGGGUGACGGACCCGUCAGACGCGGACGUGUUCUUCGUGCCCGUCUUCUCGUCGCUCAGCCUCGUCGUCAACCCGCUGGGGCUCGUGCGCAACUACCAGCUGCGCGCCGAUGCGUGGGACGACAAGGCCAUGCAGGAGCGCCUCAUGGACUGGCUCGAGCGCCAGGAGCCGUGGCGCAGGAGCCGCGGCCGCGACCAUGUCAUCCCCGCGCAGGACCCGAACUCGCUGUUCACAGUGCUGACGCGGCUGCGGCGGGCGAUGCUGCUGGUGUCGGACUUUGGGCGGGUGGCGGCGUGGCAGGCGAACCUGAUGAAGGACGUGGUGGUGCCGUACGUGCACCGCGUGUCCACCUACUCGCCCAAGGACGAGGACGACGACCGCCGCCGCGGCGUGCACGGCAACAGGACCACGCUGCUCUUCUUCAUGGGCAACCGAUACCGCAAGGACGGAGGGGCGGUGCGCGACGCGCUGUUCAAGUCGCUGGAGCAGGAGGCGGACAUGAUACUCAGGGAGGGCACGCCCACUGUGGAGGGCCGACGAGCCACACGGGCGGGCAUGCGCACGUCACAGUUCUGCCUGCAUCCAGCAGGCGACACGCCGUCGGCGUGUCGCAUGUUUGACGCCAUUGUGAACCUGUGUGUGCCCGUGGUGGUCAGCGACGACAUCGAGCUGCCCUUCGAAGACGUCCUGGACUACCGGGAGUUUGCGGUUUUUGUACCGACGGUGAAGGCGGUGAGGAAGGGGUAUCUGGGCAAGCUGCUGAGGGGUCGCAAGAUGCAGAGCCGCCUGCCAGCCAUGCAGCAGCGCCUGCGAGAGGUGCGGCACUUCUUUGAGUGGGACGCGGAGGAUGGCACAGUGAACCAGGUGUGGCGGCGAGUAGCAGCCAAGCUGCCAGCCAUCCGCGAGAUGAUCCACAGGGAGAGGCGCAUGGUGCGAGGGGGGCUUAGCAACUGCUCCAUGGUCAAUCAAAGUAGUAGCAAUGGCGAAGUUGGGGGCGGUGGUGGGGAUGACGGUGGGGAUGGUGGAGGGGAUGGUGCCGGGGAUGCCAGUGAAGACAGCAGUUCUGUGGAGGAGGAGUAA